ACUGUUCUCGGGGGAGCUGGAGCCAGCUUCCCUUCUGUGCUGAAUUCUGAUCCUUGAGAUCUCUCACUCAGUGAAGCGUCUGAGGAGUAGCGCUGGCUGCGGCGGGUCCGCGUUGUGUAGACCUACGCCCCCUCGUGUAGAGCCAGCCCGGGGCGAGCAUGGCCUCUGGUGGAGUCACGUGCCGCCCCAGCCCGUCUCUAUAGCAACCGCUUGACAGUGGUGCGUUUGUCCCAAUCUCCCAGAGAAGGGCGGAAACCCGGCCUGGAGGUUCCGGGAAAUGUAGUGUGGAAGCAGAGGUGCCUCGAGGGUCGCUGUGGUUAGAGGAAGGCCGGGGUUGGGAGUAUCUCUAAAGUGAGCAGUCACUAAACCACUUAAGGAGACCAGAGAUGAUGAUGAGGACGGCAGGUCCCUGUGUCAGCUGAGUGCCGUUAUGUGCGGAGUCUGUAAAUUUGGCAGUUGUGUUUCCUGGCCCCUGAAUGGGGUGUCCUUGAAGAGCCGCCUAAGGGGAACCCCUCGGAGGCAUAGACCCUUUUAGAGUUGUUUUAAAAAUUUGAAGCUCAGAUGGCUUUAGAAUCCAGAGAGGCUGCAGCCCUCGAUCCUCAGAAUCCAGCAUGGAAAGAGAGACUUCAAGUAGUAAAAGUAAAGGUGGAGGAAGAAGAGGAUUACUUAUGGGGGAAGAAAGACAGUCAGAAGAAGAACAGCCCUUCCACCCAGGAGAUCUUCCGCCUGCAGUUCAGGCAGUUUGGCUACAGUGACACACCUGGACCCCGAGAGGCUCUGAACAAACUCUGGGAACUUUGCCAUCAGUGGCUAAGACCAGAGAUCCACACGAAGGAGCAGAUUCUAGAACUGCUGGUCCUGGAGCAGUUCCUGACCAUUUUGCCAGAGGACCUGCAGGGCUGGGUGAGAGAUCAGCAUCCAGAGAGUGGAGAGGAGGUGGUGACUGUGCUGGAAGAUUUGGAGAGAGAGCUUGGUGACCCAGGACGUCAGGUUGCAUCAAGUACACAGAGAGAGGCAGGGGCCUGGGAGAAGAUGGCACAGGAUGCACUGAAUGUCCAGCUUCAGCCUAUGAAUGCUCAGAUCAAGUGUGGCUCUCCAGAGCCCCAGUUCCUACAAGAAAGAGAUUUUGAGACUAGUACCAAGUGGUCCCUUCCAAAGCAGGAACUUUCUGAAGAAGUGGAGUCACAGGAGAGGAUAUCUGGAAGAUUCCCCAUGGAUAGUUCCAAGGGAACCAAGACUGUAAAAGCCUAUGAAUGUGAAGGCACUCUAGACAAGCAACAGGGAAACAAAAUGGAGAAAGUAGAUGGAUCCCUUUCCCAGGAUGGAAAUUUUAUGGUACUGACCAUCCCUUCUGAAAAAACUCCCUUAAGAGAGAAUGGCCAUAAAUAUGAUGAAUGUUUGUGUAGUUGUCAUUUGAAUUCAAACCUGGUUACACAACAUAGAAUUCCGGCAGGAGAGAAACCCCACGUAUCCAAUACAAAUGACCAAAACUCCAAACAGAAUUCAUCUUCUAGUGUACAUCAAAUAGAUCAGACUCUCAAGAAACCUUAUGAAUGUAAUGAAUGUGAGAAAACCUUCAAGCAGAACUCAGAACUUAGAAAACAUCAGGGGAUUCAUAUAGGAGUGAAACCUCACAAAUGUACUCAGUGUGGGAAAGCAUUCAGCCGACGUUCGUAUCUUAGGAAACAUCAAAAAAUUCACACUGGAGUGAAACCCUAUUCUUGUAGUGAAUGUGGGAAAGCUUUCAGGGUGAGCUCAGACCUUAUUCAGCAUCAAAGAAUUCACACUGGAGAUAAACCCUAUCAUUGUAGGGAAUGUGGGAAGGCCUUCAAUCAGAACUCUUCCCUUAUUCAACAUCAGAGAAUUCAUACUGGAGAAAAACCCUACGAAUGUAAUGAAUGUGGGAGAGCUUUCAAUCAACGCUCAGCUCUUACUCAACAUCAGAGAAUUCAUACUGGAGAGAAGCCCUAUGAAUGUAAAGAAUGUGGGAAACCCUUCAGGCAUUGGUCUGGCCUUAUGACACAUCGAAGAGUACAUACCAAACUUUGACCCUAUGCAUAUUUUCUAUAUGACAGAUGUUCAGACAACUUUGUAACUGUUUUUAAAUCUUAGAAAAUGUAUCCUGGGAUCACAAUCCUAUAAAGUAAUUGUGAGCUCCUCAGGGGGAGAUCCUGUGCUUCUCUUAUUUUUGUAUGACUCACUUCUGAGUAUCAUGUGCCUAUGAGACCUUCAUUAAGGUUUAUUUUCUGAUAGACUAAUCUAUAAAAAGAAGGGGAGGAGGUAAACAUUGUUUACUGCUUCCUUUACUUUUUAGGAAACUCAAGGAAUUUGAAAUAAAUGGGAAUGUAAUAUACUAAGCUGGAGCUUAGUCACUCCAAGAAACUGAAUUAGAACAAAUUUGCUCUGUCUGUUUAUCCACUCUUCAGGAACCCCUAUAUUUGUUGUCAUUUGUUACUAAUAUGAAGGUAUCAUGAAUAUUGUCAGUGGUUUGUCUCUCUGUUAUCUGAUUAUUCCUACCUCCUUCCUGAACUCCCCUAGCAUUUCUCUGAGGAACAGAAAUAAAUGAAGAGAGAGAUUUCAGAAUUUUUUUCCCACAGGAAAAAAUGCAACUAGUUUCCAUUUUUCUGAGGCAGUAUGACAGUGAUGAGGGAGUUGUUAAUAUUAGAUUGUCAGUUUUAUUGACAUAUACUCGGGCAAAAUAGCUACUAAUAAUUUUUCCUCAUUAAUUGUGAAUUUACCUUUUCCUUUUUUUAAUGCUGGUAAUUUUGUUUUUUAAAUCAAAUUACCUAAUGGCUUAUCUGUUUCCUUUUUCUUCCCCCAGUUAUAGUUUUAUUUAUUAAUUAAUUGGGUUUUUUGCUUUCAAUUUUUCAAAAAAUUUUCUUCUUUAAUUUUGAAGAUUUCUACUUUGGUUUUUAAUCGGGUUGGGGGGGGGUUGGUGUUGGUUUUCUAAUUGUUUUAUCUGUAUGCCCUAUUGUUGAUCUACUUUCUCUUUUAUUGAUGAAAAUAUUUAAGACAUAACAUUUCCCCUAAGCCCUACUUUGACUACAUUCCUCAGAUUUUGGUAUGCUACUUCUUUAUUAUCUAAUUGAAAACAUUGUUUCUCUGAUUUGUUCUUUGACUUACCUAUUCUUUAGGUUUGAGUUAUUUAAUUUCUAAUUGAUUUUUAAUCUUUGCUUCAAAACCCAUCUAUUGAAUAUAAUUUUUAUUGCAUUGUCAUAAAAGAUGAAUUUAAUAUUUCUGAUUUUCGGCAUUUGAUUGUGUGGUUUUUAUGUUCUUAAUACAUAGUCAGUUUUUGUGACUGUAUGGUACUUUCACAAGUACCAUAUACAGCUGAGAAAUAGGUAUACUUCAUUCUAUUCCAAUUUAGUAUUCUCCAGAGGCCUAUCAUCUCUAAUUUUUCUAAAAUGAUACCCAGGUCUUUUAUUUCUUUAUUUUUUUUUUUUUGGUCAGAGUUAUCUAGGUCUGAGAUGGUAGAAAUUGAAGCUCCCCACUAUUAUAGCUUAAUUUCUUUCUCCUUAUAAUUAAUUUACUUUUUCUUUAAGAAUUUAGAUGCUAUGUCAUUUGAUAUAUAUGUGUGUUUAGUAUUGAUAUAAAUUCAUUGUCUGUGGUACCUUUCGGUAUAAUGUAGCUUUCCUGUUUAUCUCUCCUAAUUAGGCCUGUUUUUGUUGUUGCUUUAUCUGAGGUCAUGAUUGCUACCCCUGCCUUUUUUACUUCAAGUGAAGGAAAAUAAAUUGCUCCAGCCUCUCAUUU